AUGUCGCUCUGCAUAAAUCGCCUUACGGAAGAAAGAAAGCAGUGGCGUCGAGACCACCCUUUCGGAUUCUACGCGCGGCCUCAUCGCAAUCCUCAAGGUGCGCUUGACCUCAAGAGAUGGGAGUGCGGCAUUCCUGGAAAGGCGCAAACCUUAUGGGAGGGUGGGCUUUUCAAGCUCGACGUUACGUUUCCCGAUGAAUAUCCGACAAAGCCACCCAAAUGCAAAUUCGUCCCUCCGCUCUUCCACCCGAACGUCUAUCCCUCCGGCACCGUCUGCCUCUCGAUAUUGAACGAAGAGGAGGCAUGGAAGCCUGCCAUCACCAUCAAACAGAUUCUUCUGGGCAUUCAAGACCUACUGAACGACCCGAACCCUGAGUCGCCCGCCCAGGCUGAGGCAUACAACCUGUUUAAGAAGGAUCGACCGGCGUAUGAGAGACGUGUCAAGCAGGUGGUCAAGGAAAACCCGGCACUUUGA